AUGGAGUACGCUCAACCUUCCAGUGAAAGUGGACCAUCCAAUUCCAGUUCCAAUCCUUCGUAUACCGUAUUGAGGAUCAAGAGGAAAGCCACAGAAGCUCCAUUAUCAUCUCUAGUCAUCCAAGAUAUCGAACCUCGUAUUCGAGCUAAACGUCGCAGGGAUGUAUCUGGUAGACCAAGAGGUGUCUUUCGACUGGCUGAGACUGUACCGGACACUUGGCUAGGUGCAGGUGAGGAAGGAGAGGUAUUGAAGACAAGGAUACAGGGCCUCAUUUCAUCAUCAUCCUCUCAACCUGAUUCACCCGUCUCACUCCCCAAAUCACCGCUCGCUCCUCAACAUACUGAUAUACCGGCCUCCAUAACGCAGCCUACCACUGUCUCAUCUCCUUCAACGUCACCGUUGAUACCAUCUCAUACCCAAAGUCAGAGUCAGAGUCAGAGUCAGAGUCAGAGUCAAACCCAAUAUCGAGUUAUACCACCUAUCAGUCCAAGGACAAGAGCGAUGUUGCCUCCUCGAAUAAUGACCACAGCCGAGACGGAAGGAAGAGGUCGUGAUUCACCCUUGGUAUUUGUUGAUGCUCAAGCUGUACCUCCCUCGUCUACUUCGGGUGGUGGACGGUCUAGGAAUAUGAGACCGGCUAAUCAGGAGGAAGAAAAGGAGAUGGCUAAUUUCUUACCCAUGUUGGAAGAGUAUCUGCAGUUGGAAGAAGCUUCGAAAAAGCCUGAACCUUCACUAUCAACGCCUUCUCAAGAAGAUGAAUGGGUAUAUGAUUUGUAUUAUAGGGAUAAUACCUCUGUACCGCUAGGCUUGGGUGUCGGUGAUGGUGUCAGUAUAGGCCAGCUACUCGGAUUCGAAGAUAUAUCUCCUCCUUCAUCGAUAUCAGGCUCCGAACCGGAGGACGAAGCUGACGAAGAUUCCAAUGACGAGGAUUACUAUCGGAAUGAUUAUCCGGAAGAUGAAGAUGCCGAUGAAGAUAUGCAGGGUUUUAGAGGCGGCGGGGACGAGGAUUAUAGUGAUGAGUGGAGUGGGAGCGAGGAUGGGGAGGAGGAGGAGGAUAGGGGUGAAUGGGGGUAUCGAUGA